AAAAUAUGUUCAUUUCUCUUCACGUAAGAUUUCGUCAUACGUUACCACGCGAUCAAAUACCUAAUAACCGGCUACCAGAUGGAUUAAAUAUUAGAAGCAAGGACAGAAGUUCAUAGUUAAAUGAGAAACAUCGUAGCUUUAGUAUAUAAGUGUAGUGUGUUUAGUAAAAACUUUCCAAUAUACUGCAGUCAGUUUCGACUAACUCAUAAUAACUAUUGGGGCAGCAAUAAGCUCCACAGGAAAAUCAAAAUCCCCAAUCCUCAAAGAGAAAUAAUAAUGGCUGAUCCUAAAAUUGAAGAAAUCCUCGCGCCUUUGCGGGCCUGUGUCAAAGAACAAGGUGAUUUAGUCCGGAAACUGAAGGAAGAGAAAGCACCUGAAAUUGACAUAAAAAAAGCUGUGGCUGAGCUAAAAGCAAGGAAGAAAGUCUUGGAGGACAAAGAACUCAGCCUCGCACCUUCUGAAGAGCUUUUUGACCGUGCCAAGAUGGAGGAUCUCAUUAAAAGACGAUUUUUCUAUGACCAGUCCUUUGCUAUUUAUGGUGGCAUUACUGGUCAAUUCGACUUCGGCCCCAUGGGAUGUGCUCUCAAAAGCAACAUGAUACAACUCUGGAGAAAAUACUUUAUUCUCCAAGAACAAAUGUUAGAGGUGGACUGCUCUAUACUUACUCCUGAACCAGUACUAAAAGCUUCUGGACAUGUUGAGAGGUUUGCUGACCUUAUGACCAAGGAUGUUAAGUCUGGAGAGUGCUUCCGUUUAGACCACUUGAUCAAAGCCCACCUUGAAAAGAUAAAGAGUGAAAAAAAUACUACAGCAGAGCUUAAAGCAGAGAUAGAAGAUAUUCUUGUGAAGCUUGAUGGUAUGACAGCUGAUGAGAUGUCAGCACUUAUGCAAAGGUUCCAGAUGAAGUCACCCAUCAGUGGCAAUGACCUUACUCCACCAAUUGAAUUUAACCUUAUGUUCAACACCCAAAUUGGUCCUAGUGGAUUAGUGAAAGGUUUCCUGAGACCAGAAACAGCUCAAGGCAUAUUUGUGAACUUCAAGCGUCUUCUGGAAUUCAACCAGGGCCGUCUACCAUUUGCAGCUGCUCAAAUUGGGAACUCCUUCAGAAAUGAAAUCUCACCCCGUUCUGGUCUUCUUCGAGUUAGAGAGUUCACUAUGUGUGAAAUUGAGCACUUCUGUGACACCAAAGAUCAUCCUAAGUUUGAGUCUGUGAAGGACACACAGAUGCUGUUUUACUCAGCCAAUAACCAGGAGCAAGGCAAACCUGCUGAAAUCAUGACUAUUGGAGACGCUGUAUCUAAGGGCAUUGUCAACAAUGAGACUUUGGGAUACUUCAUGGCCAGAAUUCAUUUGUAUAUGCUAGCUGUUGGCAUUGACUCCAAGAAACUAAGGUUCAGGCAGCAUAUGGGUAAUGAAAUGGCUCACUAUGCCUGUGACUGUUGGGAUGCUGAGUGUCUCUCCAGCUAUGGAUGGGUGGAGUGUGUGGGCUGUGCCGACAGGUCUGCCUAUGACUUGACUCAGCACUCUAAAGCUACUGGUAUCAGACUUGCUGCUGAAAAAAAACUGCCAGCUCCCAAACAGAUUGAAGUAGUUGAAGCUGUUCCCAACAAAGCAGCAAUUGGCAAGGAAUUCAAGAAAGAUGCAAAAGUCAUCAAUGAUACCUUAGCAGCAAUGGACUCUGCAGCCCUAGAUGAUCUGCAAGCUAAAUUAGAUGCCAAUGGGGAAUACACCCUGUCUACACCUAAUGGUGAAUUCAAACUAACUCCUAAAAUUGUUAGUGUGAAAAGAACUCAAAAGACAGUUCAUGUUGAAGAAAUCAUUCCCAGUGUUAUUGAACCUUCAUUUGGCAUUGGUAGAAUCUUGUAUAGCAUUUUAGAACACAACUUCAAAAUGAGGGAGGGUGAUGAACAGAGGACUUACUUCUCGUUGCCAGCCGCAGUCGCGCCUAUGAAGUGCGCCGUCUUGCCACUGAGUGGUAACGCCGAAUUCCAACCAUUUGUUAGGGAACUAUCCCAAGAGUUAACAAAUGUUGAUGUUUCGCACAAAGUUGACGACUCUUCUGGAUCAAUAGGUCGUCGUUACGCUAGAACUGAUGAACUUGGUGUCCCAUAUGCCAUUACAGUUGAUUUCGACACCAUGAAAGAACCUCAUUCAGUUACCCUUAGAGAAAGGGAUAGUAUGGGCCAAGUAAGAUUGCCUUUGACUGAUGUUCCUGUUGUUGUACGUGAUCUAUCUAACAGCAGGAUCUCCUGGUCGCAAAUUGAGCAGAAGUAUCCCAAGUUUGAGCAGCAAGAGACUGCCAAGGGCGCCGCCGCAUAAGAUGACGCAACUUUAUCUGUAUGCUCAGCUGGUCCGAAGCAAAUCCAUUGAUCUACAUCGUGUAUUUAUUGUUAGAAAUAAGCUUGCUUUGUUUUAAAUUGACAUGUCUAAAGCUAGUUUAAAUAAGUUACUUUUUACAAUGGAUUAAACUAAAAGCGUAAAAUAUAAAACGUGAUAUUUCUUUA